AUGCCACCCCCUUACAACCACCACACCGGUAACCCUUACAGCGCCCGCCCCUCCUCAACCACCCACUUCCCCGCCACCGCGACCCCCUCGAUGAACAUGCACAUGAACAUGAACAUGCACAGCGGCCAAUCCUACACCACUUCCGGCCCCGGUUAUGGUUCCGGCUCCGGAUACGCGUCCAGCAGCGGCGGAGGUGGGAGUUCGAGCAUGUCCGCCGCCAAAACCCGACAAUAUGCACAACUCCAUGCGUCGCUGGCGCAGUUGAAUGCGAACCUUGCGGAUACGCAGAAUCUGGUGCGCAUGACGGCGGUGCAGGCGGAGGAUAUGCGGUUCUUGGGGGGGUAUGUUGGGGCGCUGUUUAUGGGUUCUGCGAAGGUGUUGGGGGAGGAGGGGGUUGUUAAGGGGGGAGAUGGGAGUGGGAAUGGUGGGGAUAUGGAUGUGGAGGGAGGUGGGGUGAGGGGGGUUAAGAGGGAGAGUUGA